AAAAUCCCCGAGCCCCCCCUCGCUCCCUCUUCCCUCCAUCCAACCCGUCCUCUCCCCUCAACAGGUCACGAGAACCGAGCCAGCCUCUGCAUGUAUGAGCCGCAAUCAUCAUCAUAAGUAGUAACAUUCCUCCUCCGAACUCACAACGCCCAUCCCAAGAGCCUGCAACACUUCUAUAUCUGCACCUGCAUCCAUCCACAUACCGCCGCUAGCUUCUUGCCCGCAGCUGCUCUGCCUCUUCUUCUUCUCCUGCUGGUUUCAGAACCUUCUCCUGCUUUUGCUACCUCCGGUCGGUGCCGCUGCCGCACAGUGCGCGUGUGGCCUGCUGCGGGCGGUGAAUGUGCGGCGGCCGUCUCGUUUGGGCCGGCGUUUGAUCGGUUUGGGAGCGUCGGGAGAUGCCGGUGGCGAGGAGGGUGCUCAACGCCUUCGCCGACGACAUGCCGGAGUUCGACCGCCGCCAGAUGGGCUGCAUGGCCGGCAUAUUCCAGAUCUUCGACCGCCAGCGGAUGCUCACCGCGCGCCGCGCCGGCGCCGGCGGGCGACAGCCGCAGCAGAAGAGACUGCCCGCAGGCCGUACUCCACCAGAAAGCAGCAGCAAUGUUCCAGUGCAGAGCUCGAGUACCCCCAAAAUCAUUCUGGAGAAAACACUCAGCAAAAGCAUGACCGAGAACAGUAGCCUUUCGAUAGAGUCAUCAAGAGCUUCUUGUUCUUCCUCUUCAUGCUCAUCCUUCUCGUCGAUCGACGGCAGCAAAUCAGCCCAACAGGAGCUACCGUACAUCAGCGAAGAACUCUUUCCGCAGAGGUCACCGAAGAGCUCACCAAGUCUGAAGGGCGCUGACAUGGACACCAAGACCGCACAGCCGAACGUCGGUUUCAGAGACAUCGUCAAGGACUCCAUCAACCGGGACUCGGGAGGGUUAACUGUCAUGACCACGGCGAAUGGAGCAAGAAGGAACGCGCAGUACAAGGACUCGCCAAGGCCAUUGCUGCUCUCCAAAUCGAUGGACGGAACCUACGUCAUCAGCAUCGACAGGACCACCAAGGCCGUCCCCGCAAACGUCGUCGAGUCCAGCAGGCGUUUCCCGGAGCAGUUGCGCUUCUCAUGCGACGACCGGCGGCUCCUGCGACCGGCUGAAACCCAAGAAGCCAAGAAGCCUCCUUCCACAAGGGCCAAAGAGCUUCCUAGGCUGUCCUUGGACAGCAGGAAAGAGUCUCUGAGCCCAAGUUCACGUCUGAAGAGCUACAGUUACAGGAGAACCGAUGACUCUCUCCUAGACGCUCUGAAGCCUCAAGACUCCCCAGGCCACAGGCGUUCCAACAGUGUCAUCGCCAAGCUCAUGGGGUUGGAAGAAGCACCAGAUGCUAUGGGGAUGCUGAUCGCUGAUAGCUACGAGCCUGCAAGAUCACCAAGAACAGCAGCACAAGCCACACGGAGCGAGCGUCCAUCGCGUUCGCCCAGGAGAGAUUGCCAGGAUGCGUGUGGUUCGCUGCAGAAAAACGAGCCUUCAGCACUGAAAACAAGACCUCCUCCAAGAAUUCUCACUGAAGCUGCUCCCUGGAGGCAGCAGGAGAGAGGCGGCAGCGCCACCAACAGCAAGGCUUCACAAUGCCGAGACGCUGAGGUGAGGCCAAGAACCGCAUCUCUCUAUGCCGAUAUAGAAAGAAGGCUUGGUGGGCUCGAGUUCUCCGAGUGCAACAAAGACUUCAGAGCUCUCAGAAUUCUGGGUGCAUUGCAUGCAAAGGAUGCUAAGCACCAGAACAACGAUGGUGAUGCCGCAUCAGUGGCCUCUCAGAGCCAAGAAGAGGAUUCAGCCACCACCAGUUCCAGAAGCUUCCAGUCUCCCAUUGUAGUCAUGAAGCCAGCAAGAACCACCGAGAAGCCUGGGGUUGCUCCCCUUGCAGGGCUGAGAGGCCUCAGGAAGCUGCAGCCCAGAGAUUCAUCCUUCACUGACAAGAGCGAAGCCAGCACAAAUGAGAAGAUCCAUUCUCGCGUUGCAAGGGCUCAAUCCAAGUCCGACGAACCUACCAGCAGAGCGAGCUCGCCGAGACCUGCAGGGUCAUCAAGCCCCAGGUUAGUGCAGAGGAAGGCAGAGUCGGAGAGGCGGUCUCGUCCCCCGGUCUCACCAAAGUCUCCAAGCAAGAAGGCAAAUGAAGCAGCAUCCCCAAGAGGAAGAACAAGAUCAAAGCCUUCUCAAGUGAAGAGCAACCGUGACAAUGAGGUAUCGCAGAGUCCAGGAAGAAGGAUCAGCUUGGCGAAGCAGAUUGACGUCAGUAUAAUGGAUUGUCAAAAUCCUCUGGCUGCUAGAUCAUCGUUCAUUGACCCAAAAACGCCGAGCCAAAAGAGCCCUUCUUCAAUCCUGGGUUCAGAUCACAAGAUCCAUUCACUGGAGAACGCCCUGAGCCCCGUGUCGGUCCUCGACACAUCCUUCUACCAUAAAAGUAUCUCAGAUUCAUUUAAAGAUGGCGAGACGCAUACUUCAGACGAAUGCUGGAAUUCAAACAGCCUGCCGGACACGCCGCAGUCGAAGACGAGCAGUGAAGCCAGCCAGAUCAAACCAGAAAACCUGGAGGCGCUCAUUCAGAAACUUGAACAAUUGCAAUCGAUGAACGAUGAAGCUGCAAACUCCAAAGAUCACCAGUAUAUCUACGAGAUACUCUUAGCAUCUGGUCUUCUGCACAAGGAACUUAGCUUCGCAGCGAUGCCUGCACAACUUUCGCCAUCCAGUUGCCCGAUCAAUCCAGAGCUCUUCCUCAUUCUAGAGCAAACAAAGCCGCACUUCAUUUCAGCGACUCAAGCUGUUACCGGAGCCAAGAAGAGUUCUGACCCUAACAUGGAGAAGCUUCAUCGCAGAAUUGUGUUCGAUCUGGUAAAUGAAAUUAUAGCUCAGAAGAUGAACAUGUAUAGCUCUGCAAGUGGAACAGCGAAACUUCUUCGAUCAAGGAAGUUAAGUGGGUGGCGUCUAUUCAAGGAGUUGUGCACAGAGGUCGACAGGCUCUUAUCCGAGAGUUCGGCAGCGAAAUGCUCCGAAGAGGAUGAGGAUGAAAACAUACCGUUAUCUGAGGAUGCAUUGUAUGAGAUGAAAGAUUGGGGUAGCCCUGAAGGUGAGCUACAAGGCAUGGUUUUGGACAUUGAAAGAUCCAUCUUCCGGGACCUCAUUGACGAGGUCAUAGGUGGCGAGGCUACAGAGAGGAUGCAAGCUGGACAAUGGAAAUUGCGUAGGCAGCUGUCUUUCAGUAGUAUAAACUGAAUACGACUGGCGAUAGUUGUUGUUUCCAUUAGGAAGCUUAGCCACUAGUAUAAAUGUAACCUUUGUGUUUUUCUGAAGACUGAAUUAUAUAGAAGAAAUAUAAUUAUUCCUGGAA